AUGGAGAUCCGUGCCGAUGCAGAAACCGGCUCCUAUUCAAGUUUGUUCGCGGCUGUCGCUUAUGGAUUUGCCUCCAUGGCCAUGGUUUUUAUCAACAAGGCUGUUCUUAUGCAGUAUGCAUAUUCGAUGACUCUUCUCACUUUGCAGCAAUUGGCUACCUCUUUGCUUAUACACGUCGGUAGAAAAUUGGAAUACACCAAGGCGAGAGGACUGGAUAUGACAACGGCCAAGCGACUGCUCCCGCUUUCAAUUUUCUAUAAUGCCAAUGUUGCUUUUGCUUUGGCGAGUUUGAAAGGAGUCAAUAUCCCAAUGUAUAUUGCGAUCAAGAGGCUUACGCCGCUCGCUGUACUUAUUGCUGGGUACUUCUCGGGAAAGGCGAAGCCUACAGCACAGGUGUCUCUUUCAGUGAUAUUGAUUGCUGCUGGAGUUCUCAUUGCUGCCCUUGGAGAUUUUUCCUUUGACCUUUUUGGGUACAGCAUGGCUUUUGUUUCCGUUUUUUUUCAGACCAUGUACCUUGUGCUGGUGGAAAAAUCUGGUGCUGAGGAUGGACUUUCAUCCUUGGAAAUCAUGUUCUAUAACAGCUUUUUAUCUCUUCCAUUUUUUAUGUUUCUCAUCAUAGCCACUGGGGAAUUCCCAAAUUCUUUAUCUUUAUUAUUGGCAAAGAGUUAUUCUUUUUCGUUUUUUAUGAUUCUUGUUCUUUCAUUGGUGAUGGGCAUUGUCCUCAACUUCACCAUGUUCUUGUGUACAAUUGUUAAUUCAGCCUUAACUACAACUAUUGUUGGCGUUCUCAAAGGGGUUGUUUCCACGACCCUUGGUUUCUUCUUACUGGGUGGUGUUCAAGUCCAUGCUUUGAAUGUGAGUGGAUUGGUUAUCAAUACAGCUGGGGGUGUGUGGUAUUCAUUGGCUAAAUAUCAGCAGAAAAGAAGUAAGGCGGUGAAGCUUGUACCCGACGAGGAGGCUCAUAGUAAAUAG